AUGCAAGAUCCAAAUUCCAAGCAUUUUUCAGGGCCAAUGAGGCCAGCCCACCACCGGAGGGCACAUUCAGAGAUGAACUUCCGGCUUCCGGAGGACCUGGAUCUAGGGUCGGACACGUUUGACCCUCCUGCUGGAAGCUUUGAGGAAAUGGGAUCGGAGGACGAUUUGUUUUCUACCUACAUGGACAUUGAGAAACUAAGUGCUGGUGGCGGAUCUGGAAUGGGAGACCAUGUUUUCGAAAAUGCUGGUGGUUCUGGUGGUGGGAUGGCGACGAAAGGCGGCGGUGAUGGGGAGAAGAUUAGUGGAAAUGGUGGUAUAGCUAGGCAUAGGCACAGGCAUAGUAAUUCGAUGGAUUCGAGUCUUCUUUUUGGUGAGAGCAGUAUUGAAGCUAAAAAAGCAAUGGCUCCUGAUAAGCUUGCUGAGUUAUGGAAUCUUGAUCCUAAACGUGCCAAAAGGAUCUUGGCCAAUCGACAAUCCGCUGCUCGGUCAAAAGAGAGAAAAGCCCGUUAUAUGUCUGAACUUGAGAGAAAAGUCCAGACUCUCCAAACUGAAGCAACCACUCUCUCUGCUCAAUUGACACUGUUUCAGAGAGAUACAACAGGGCUGAGUAAUGAGAACACAGAGCUUCAUCUUCGGUUGCAGGCCAUGGAGCAACAAGCUCAGUUACGUGAUGCGCUGAACGAAGCGUUGAAGCAAGAAGUAGAAAGACUCAGAAUUGCCACAGGAGAAAUAUCAGCCCCUUCAGAUGCAUACGACUUGACAAUGCAACAUAUUCAAUAUAACCAGUCCGCUUUCUUUUCUCAUCAGCUUCAAUCCAGGCCAAAUGAUGCCCAGAAUGUUCAGAUGCCACAAUUUCAUCCUCUUCAUGCUGCCAUGUCAAAUAAUCCACACCCUAUGCUUUCUGCUGCUCGUACACAGGGUACUUCUGAUGCAUUCCAGCAGGAUCCUCUUGGCCGUUUUCAGGGCCUUGACAUCAGUAGCCGUGGAUCUCAUAUUGUGAAAUCAGAAGGCCCUUCUGUUUCAGCAAGUGAAAGCACAAGUACAUUCUGA